GAUCAGCCGUAGUUUAUCACUAAUGAGUCUUAUCAGUUACUUGAUAUUCUGCUAAUUACCAUUCUACGUACUGUACCUGUAGACUGCAAUUUAUGCUCUAGUACGCAGCUGUUGUUUGACACAGCUGAUUGUCGUGACGCAAAGGUUCUUGCUCAGAAAAACAUGCCAACAUCUUUUGUGGAAAGCUUGAAUUGAUAUGCUUUCAUUAAACAAACACCGAUAUCAGCGAAACGUGUAACUUUUUCGUUAAUACUUGGUAAUGGUUUAAUGGUUUAAUAGGGAUUCAGCUGUUCCCAAACGCAGGACCGGAUGUAAAAACCGACGUUCAAAACCCGGACUGCGUGACUGAGAACGGUUGGUCUCUUCGAAGCCGAGAUGGAUCUGAACAGGUCUCCGAAAGCACCGCACGACGGAAAACAGGUUGGGGUUACGCCAAAAUCACUUUUGGGAAUCGGCAAUGCACUUUUAGACAUUACGGCUGACGUGAAUGAAGAUUUCCUCACUGAAAACGGCAUCAAAACGGAUCAGGCCAUUCGAGGUGAUCCUGCGCAUUUUUACACUUUGUUGAAAUCGGUCAAAGAUCGCUUCCCCACCAGACAAUCUGCCGGCGGAUGCUGUUUGAAUGUGCUUCGCACGGUGCAAUGGAUCUUGGGAAAAGAUGGGAUCUGCACCUUUAUGGGAUCCAUCGGCAACGACGAGAGCGGGGAAUUUUUACUGGAAGCCGCCAAGAAGAGCGGGGUACGAAUGGCCUGUCAGGUUAUCGAGGGAAGUCCAACAGGUGCCUGUGUUGUCCUAAUUACCGGCAAUCAGCGAUCCAUGUGCAGUUAUGGCGGUGCCAGUCGCGAAUUCAGUUUUUCCAAAUUUUUGGAAGAUACCAGUCAACGCCUGUUCCGUGCAUCAUCUUUUAUCUACAUUUCGGGAUUUUUUCUGACAGUUUGCGCGCGAACAGCGCGCAGUGUUGCUGUUCACGCACAAGAAGCCGGAAAGCAGUUGAUACUAGACUUGGGUGCGCCCCGAGUGUGCUGGCAGCAAACCGAUACCAUUCGUGCGCUUCUUCCCUUUGUGGAUGUUUUAGUCGGUAAUGAUACUGAAAUCACUGCUCUUGGUCAAGCCUUGAAUAUGAUGAAAACGGAUGUCUGUGACAUAUGUACCUCCAUUGUCAAACUUCCUAAAAUUCGAAGUGUGCAAUCCCGAAUUGUGGUGAUGACACGCGGUCCCGCGUCUGUGCUGGUAGCCACGGCGGAUGGAUGUUCUUUCUAUCCUAUAAUUACAGUUCCUGCAGAACAUGUCGUUGAUGUUAGCGGAGCCGGUGACGCAUUUCUUGGUGGAUUCUUGUCCCAAUAUAUUCAAGAUAUGCCGGUGGAUAAAUGUGUGACGAUGGGAUUGCAUGCUGCAAGCGUAGUUGUACAGCAAAGUGGUUGCACAUUUCCGACAAACGCUCCUGCACUUUGAAUAGGGAGUCUGAUUGACGAUCCUUAGUGACUUAGUCCUAUAAAUACUAUAGUGGCCGUCUAAUUGACUGCCUCUUGCAUUUUUUUGAUAGAGAAAUUGUGAUACAA